AAUAAAAAGACCAGUACGUGCGUAGCCUCGAUCAACUUGCUAACACCAUAACAGCCGCUCCAACCAUGUCUUCUUCCCUCCUCUCUCACAACUCCUCCUCCCCCGUCACCAUACUCUCCAAACACACCGUUUUCCCCGAUAAAAAAUCCACCUUGCCGGACCUAAAACUCUCCGUCUCCGAUCUCCCCAUGCUCUCUUGCCACUACAUUCAGAAAGGCCUCUUUUUCCCACCACCUCCCCUUCCCAUCCAACCCCUUUUCUCCCUCCUCACCAGCUCUCUCUCCCGAGCCCUCGCAUGCUUUCCUCCCCUCGCUGGCUGCCUCUUCACCGACGCCGACGGCCACGUCUUCAUCUCCUCAACUGACGCCGGCGCCGAGUUCUCCCUCGCUAACGCCCCCUCCCUAACAAUCCCCCUCCUCCUCCCCCCUUCCUCCGACGUCUCCCCCGAAAUCAAAAACCUCUUCCCCCUCGACUUUGCCGUCAGCCACGACGGCCAUUUUCUCCCACUCUCCUCAUUCCAACUCACCAUCCUCGGCGACGGAGCCGUCUUCAUUGCCUGCACCAUCAACCACGCUGCCGUCGACGGCACCUCCUUUUGGAACUUCUUCAAUGUUUGGGCCGAAUCCUGUCGUUGUUCCUCCACCAUUUCUCGCCCCCCAAAUUUUACCCGCAACUUCUUCGCCGGCUCAACCGCUGUCCUCCGUUUCCCCAACGGCAACGGCCCAGCCGUCACCUUCGCGGUCGACGCGCCGAUAAGAGAAAGAAUAUUCCAUUUCCGCCGUGCAUCAAUUCAAGAACUGAAAUCCAAAGCAAACAACCACAACUCCUCCCCAAACGCCGAAACGUACGCCAAGUUCGUUCACGACAGAAAAAAUUUCAAACAAUCGGACGAGAUAUCCUCCUUCCAAUCCCUUUGCGCGCAGCUCUGGCGAUCGGUGACGCGCGCGAGGACAACGUACCUCCAAGCAUCGAUGCCGACGACGUUCCGCAUGGCGGUGAACUGUCGUCGAAGAGUAGUUCCGGCGAUGGAUGAGUGCUAUUUCGGCAACGCGAUACAGAGCAUUCCGACGACGUUAGAAGUCGAGGAAGUUGCGGCGGGAGAACUGAGUUGGAUUGCGGGAUUGCUUCACCAGAACGUGGCGGCUCACGGGGAUGAGUUGAUAAGGAAGAGGGUGGCGGAGUGGGAGGCGGAGCCGAGCUGUUUUCCGUUAGGGAAUCCAGACAGAUCGGGGCUGACAAUGGGGAGCUCGCCGAGAUUUCCGAUGUAUGAAAGGAAUGAUUUUGGGUGGGGAAAGCCGACAGCGGUGAGGAGUGGGAGGGCGAAUAAGUUUGAUGGGAAGAUAUCGGCGUUUCCUGGGCGAGGAGGCGGAGGGAGUGUGGAUCUGGAGGUUUGCCUUGCGCCGGAAACCAUGGAGGCGUUGCUGCAAGACAAGGAGUUCAUGCAUUACGUGUUGGAGGAAGAAGAAGUGGAUGUCUUCUCUGCAAUAUGAUAAAUUUGGGCCGCUAGGGUUCGUCAUACAUGCUAGUUAUGUUUAAGAAAAUUUAUUACAUUUGCAUGAUCUAUACGUGGAAAAAUUAUUCAAUUCUGCAUGCAGUGUCCGAUUUACACCGUCGAUUACCACAAAGAUGUAUUUCAGUGGACCCUGUUUUUAACUUUAAAAAUAAAAAAUUUUUUUUUGGUCGACAAUGGAGAUCUGUCAUCGACGGUGUAGAUCGAACACUGCAUGCAUCUUUGUAUCCGGUGUACGUAUGGAAUAAUUUUUCCUAUAUGUGAGUAUCAUAUAUGUUCAGGGUGUGCUCAGGAUAUACUUAAAGGUAUAAUCAUAUAAGUACACUUAAAUCUGAACAUGUUCCGUUUGU